AUGAGAAUUUCAGAAGUGAGAUCUACAACAACUACGGAAGAACCUAUACCAUCGACUUCAGGCAGGAGGCUACAAAGCAGACGAUCAACCCGUACAAUUAAUUAUGAACGUUUGGCGUUUAGAUAUGAACCAACAGUCGAUUAUGCCGGCGAUGAAUCAGUCAAUAUUGGAACAAUGACUUCUAUUUGUCAAUAUUGCAAUGCAUUAAAGUUUCCACUAGAACCGUCAGGAUUAUGUUGUGCGAAUGGAAAGGUCAAAUUACCACAACUAACAACACCACCUGAACCACUGAAUUCAUUACUUUUAGGACACGAACCUCUAUCAAAGCAUUUCUUGCAGAAUAUUCAAAAGUAUAACAGUGUGUUUCAAAUGACAUCAUUUGGUGCGAACAUAAUUGAGGAACGGGGAUUUAAUCCAACUUUUAAGAUUCAAGGACAAAUUCACCACCGUGCAGGAGCAUUGUUGCCAUCAGUUGAUGGCGAAUACAAAUAUCUUCAGAUUUAUUUCCUUGAAAAUUCUGAAACUGAAAUAAAUCAGCGCUGUGGCAUUAAUCGAGCAACUAGGCGAGAGAUCAUUGUGCAACUGCAACAACUAUUGCAUGAGCAUAACCUAUUGAUUCAAUUAUUUAAAACAGCGUUAGAAAUGAUGCCAUCAGAUGAUCAUAAAAUAGUAAUCAGAGCAGAUAAAAGACCUGCAGGUGAACAUGAAAGACAUUUCAAUGCACCUGUGUUAAACGAAGUUGCUAUUGUGGUGGUUGGAGAGAAUAUGGACUCUCGAGACAUUGUAAUUCAACGGCGUGAUGGUGGCAACCUUCAGCGUAUUAGUGAAACACAUCGUUCAUAUGAUGCAUUACAAUACCCUCUAUUAUUUUGUAGAGGAGAGGAUGGAUAUCAUUUUUUAAUCAAGAUGAUUAAUCCAGCGACUGGUCAAGAAACAAAUAAAAAGGUCAGCUCAAUGAAUUUUUAUGCAUACCGUUUCAUGAUUCGUCUGAACGAGGAUAACCACAUUUUGAAGUGCCGCCGAUUAUUUCAUCAGUUUGCUGUAGAUAUGUAUGUUAAAGUUGAAACGGAACGUCUGACAUAUAUACGAUUAAACCAAACAAAAUUACGAUCAGAAGAAUACAUUCAUUUGCGCGACGCCAUGAACAGAGAUGGAAAUGGAAAUAAUAUCGGUCGACUUACGAUUUUACCAGCAACGUAUAUAGGAAGCCCGAGACACAUGCACGAAUACGCGCAAGAUGCUAUGACCUACGUGCGCCAGUACGGUCGACCAGAUUUAUUUAUUACUUUCACGUGCAACCCAAAAUGGAUCGAAAUAACAAAUCAGUUAUUACACGGUCAGUCAUCCAGCGAUCGUCACGACAUAACAGCAAGAGUGUUCAAACAGAAACUCAAAGCGCUGAUGGACUUCAUUGUAAAAUGUCAUGUCUUCGGAGAUGUACGAUGUUGGAUGUACUCUGUAGAAUGGCAGAAGAGAGGACUACCUCAUGCACAUAUUCUCCUAUGGAUGGUCGAAAAAAUAAGACCAGAUGAAAUAGACUUAAUCAUUUGUGCAGAAAUUCCUGAUCCCGAAGUAGAUCCACAAUUGUAUGAAGUUGUAAAGAAGAACAUGAUUCAUGGACCGUGUGGCGAACAUAAUCAUGAAUCACCGUGUAUGAUCGACAACAAAUGCUCAAAACGUUAUCCGCGUGCUUUGUCGGCUGAUACAAUUACAGGCAAUGAUGGUUACCCUCUGUAUCGUCGACGCUCUGUAGAAGAUAACGGCAGAACAAUAACGUUGCAAGUAAAAAAUAAGGAUGUGGUAGUUAACAACAGAUGGGUUGUUCCGUAUUCCCCGCUGCUCUCCAAAAUCUUUAAAGCGCAUUGCAAUGUUGAGUACUGCAAUUCGGUGAAGUCAAUAAAGUAUGUUUGCAAGUACGUCACCAAAGGAAACGACAUGGCUGUAUUUGGUAUUGCAGAUUCUAAUAACGAUGAAGUUUCACAAUAUCAAAUGGGAAGAUAUAUUAGUAGCAAUGAAGCGGUUUGGAGAAUCUUUUCCUUUUCUAUACACGAACGUCAUCCCACCGUAGUCCAUUUAACAGUUCACCUGGAAAAUGGACAAAGAGUUUAUUUCACAACAGAAAAUGCAGCGCAAAGAGCUGAGAGACCACCAGCGACAACGCUCACAAGUUUCUUCGAGACAUGCGCAAGUGAUGCAUUUGCAAAAACAUUGUUUUACUCGGAAAUGCCAAAAUAUUUUACAUGGAAUGCGUCAUCCAAAAAGUUCCAACGUAGGAAACAAGGACAGCCUGUACCGGGGUAUGCAAAUGUAUAUUCAACCGAUGCUUUAGGGCGCAUUUACACAGUUCAUCCGAGAAAUGACGAAUGUUUUUACCUGCGUUUGUUAUUAGUUAAUGUUCGUGGUCCAACUUCAUUUAAAUUUCUAAAAACCGUCAAUGGUGAAUUGUGCACAACAUAUCGAGAAGCCUGUCAACGUUUACAUUUACUGGAGGAUGAUAUUCAUUGGGAUCAUACACUCGCUGAUGCUGUUAUUUCAUCUACUUCUCAUCAGAUUCGAUCACUUUUUGCUAUCAUAAUUUCAGCAUGCUUUCCAUCGAGUCCACAAAACUUGUGGAAUAAAUACAAAGACAAUAUGGCUGAAGACAUUUUACAUCAAAUACGUGUAACAACGGCAAAUCCCGAUCUUGCAAUUUGCACGGAAAUACACAAUAAGGUAUUAAUAACUUUAGAGGAUUUGUGCGUGAUGAUAUCCGGUAAGAUGUUGCACGAAUUAGGAAUGCCUGCGCCUAAUCGCCCUAUGCACGAUGCACUCAAUCGUGAAUUUGAACGAGAACGGCAAUACGAUAGAAAUGCUUUAAGUCAAUCCGUACAAAAUAAAAUCCCACUUUUAAAUCUGCAACAAAAAACAGCUUACGAUACAAUAAUGAAAUCAGUAAAUGACGGCAAUGGCGAAUUCUUUUUCCUCGAUGCACCAGGUGGAACUGGUAAAACAUUUUUAAUUUCAUUAAUUUUAGAUACGAUUCGUGCACAAAAUCAAAUAGUACUAGCAGUAGCAUCAUCUGGGAUAGCUGCUACAUUAUUAGAAGGUGGACGAACUGUACAUUCUGCCCUGAAAUUGCCGUUGAAUUUGCAAACAUUGGAUCAACCGACAUGCAAUAUAACCAAAACAUCUGCAAUGGCAAAAGUGCUACAAAAUUGUAGAUUAAUAAUUUGGGAUGAAUGUACGAUGGCGCACAAACGAGCAUUAGAGGCACUCGAUAGAACAAUAAGAGACUUGCGUGGCAAUCAAAAACUCUUCGGAGGCGCGAUGAUUCUACUCGCUGAAGAUUUUCGCCAAACGCUUCCAGUAAUUCCCAGAUCAACAGCUGCUGAUGAAAGAAGUGCUUUCUUGAAAACAUCAUUUUUGUGA